AUGUGUAUCUCUGUCUUCUCAACAGCACAUCCGGAGUAUCCUUUCAUCAUCAUCAGUAAUAGGGACGAAUUUAUCACACGGCCAACAAAGCGAGCAGAUUGGUGGGAUUCACCAAACGGACAUGUCCUGGCUGGGAGAGAUCUCAAACGAGUUGAGAAAGGGACAUGGCUCGGCAUAACGAGACAAGGCCGUUUCGCUGUGCUCACAAAUUUUCGAGAGGAGGGCGUCGAUGAGAAUGGUGCGAAGAGCAGAGGUGGAAUGAUCAACUCCUACUUGACUGUUCCGCCGGGAUCCGAGGAGACGGAUGACGAAUUUGUGCAACGGCUGUUGAACGAUGUUGGGAUUCAUGAUGUUGGAGGUUUCACUUUGCUGUUUGGAGAGCUGAGAGCACCGAGGAAGUUGCCCGGUCUUGCCAUCGUCUCGAAUCGAACAGAGUCUCCGAACGAACUAAGACGAAUCGGAACGCAUCUAGGCGAAACUCACGGCCUCAGCAAUAGCCACUACGGCGAUAACUCCUGGCCGAAAGUCGUCAACGGUGAGAGAUUGCUCAAGGAAGCCAUCACGAAGAACACAUCCACGAAUCAGAGUCAGAAUGAGUUCAUUGCCUCCCUAUUCGAGAUUCUCUGUGUAGACGACAUUCCACGACGAACAUCUGAUGAGAGCUGGGACGAGUAUGUUCGGCAUAUGCGGAACUCAAUUAUGAUUCCUGCUGGAAAGGGUGCGGUCGCGGAGAAAGGUUUGAACACGAAUUCAGCAAGUGGGCAAAGUGAUGCGCCGUUGCUGCGGAGCAACGAUGCGUAUGGGACGAUGAAGCAGACCGUCAUAUUAGUGCAAAUGACUGGCAAGGUUGUAUUCGUGGAGAGGACGUUGUACGAUGACGACGGGUUGCCGUUGAAAGUUGAGAAGCAAGAGGAGAGGAUGGAGUUCGAGAUCGAAGGAUGGGCAGCUAGUUCGUGA